CAUCCAAAGACAAUGAAGAAAGAGUAUUUAGGGAACGGAUGCGCCCCAGGAAGCGCCAGGGGGCAGUGCGACGCAGGGUCCAUCAGGUUAAUGGGCACAAGUUUAUGGCCACUUAUCUUAGACAACCAACCUAUUGUUCACACUGCCGAGACUUUAUAUGUUUGCACUUGCGUAGUCCACAAGCGAUGCCAUGAGCUUAUAAUAACAAAGUGCGCUGGCUUGAAGAAGCAGGAAGCCCAUGAUGAGGUGGGUUCUCAGCGUUUCAGUGUUAAUAUGCCUCACAAGUUUAGCAUUCACAAUUACAAAGUGCCCACCUUCUGUGACCACUGUGGUUCAUUGCUUUGGGGUCUUCUGAGACAAGGUUUACAAUGCAAAGUUUGCAAGAUGAAUGUACAUAGACGCUGUGAAACAAAUGUAGCACCCAACUGUGGAGUAGAUGCUAGAGGCAUAGCUAAAGUACUUGCAGAUCUUGGCGUUACUCCAGAUAAGAUCACAAAUAGCGGACAAAGGAGGAAGAAGAAAUCAAAGAGCUUGAAAAUAACAUCAGGAAAGCGUUAUCAUUUGACAAUCGGGGAGAAGAACAUAGGGGAGCAGCAACAAGCUCAACUGAUAGCCAACUUAAUACACCAGGGGAGAAUGGGGAAAAUGGUGACGUCAAAGCUCAGACAAAGCGAAUGGGCCUGGAGGAAUUCAACUUCAUCAAAGUAUUAGGAAAAGGCAGCUUUGGAAAGGUCAUGCUAGCGGAACUCAAAGGCAAAGAUGAAGUAUAUGCUGUGAAAGUCUUAAAGAAAGAUGUCAUUCUUCAAGAUGAUGAUGUGGACUGUACAAUGACAGAAAAACGGAUUCUGGCAUUAGCACGAAAGCAUCCGUAUUUAACACAGCUCUACUGCUGCUUCCAGACCAAGGACCGCCUAUUUUUCGUCAUGGAAUAUGUCAAUGGAGGAGACCUAAUGUUUCAGAUUCAACGUUCACGCAAAUUUGACGAGCCUCGCUCCCGCUUCUAUGCAGCAGAAGUCACAUCGGCACUCAUGUUCCUACAUCAACAUGGCGUCAUCUACAGGGACCUGAAACUGGACAAUAUUCUUUUGGAUGCAGAAGGUCAUUGCAAACUGGCUGACUUUGGAAUGUGCAAGGAAGGAAUCUUGAAUGGAGUAACAACUACUACCUUUUGUGGAACACCAGACUACAUAGCUCCAGAGAUCCUCCAGGAAUUAGAAUAUGGUCCUUCUGUAGAUUGGUGGGCACUGGGGGUUCUCAUGUAUGAAAUGAUGGCUGGACAACCUCCCUUUGAAGCUGAUAAUGAAGAUGACCUCUUUGAGUCUAUCCUACAUGAUGAUGUGCUAUAUCCAGUAUGGCUUAGCAAAGAAGCUGUCAGCAUUUUGAAAGCUUUCAUGACAAAAAACCCAAACAAACGCCUGGGCUGUGUAGCAUCUCAGAACGGUGAAGAUGCCAUUAAACAGCAUCCAUUCUUCAAAGAAAUUGACUGGGUUCUUCUAGAACAAAGGAAAAUUAAGCCACCCUUCAAACCUCGGAUUAAAACCAAAAGGGAUGUAAAUAACUUUGAUCAAGACUUUACACGAGAAGACCCAAUAUUAACACAAGUGGAUGAGACAAUUAUAAAGCAAAUCAACCAAGAAGAAUUUAAAGGCUUCUCAUAUUUUGGAGAAGAGCUGCUGCCAUAAGAUAUUUCCCCCACCCCUAAAUUGGAACCACCAGAUCGCAGAUGCUGCAAGUUGUGUUCUGAAAAAUCCUCCAGCUACAUCAUCAAGAACUGCUUCUCUGAUCAUGAGCCUAAACCCAUUACUUUCUACUGUCUAUUUAUUGUUAUAUUUCUUUGAUCUGGAGGCACUCAUAUUAGCUGUUUUACAGAGCAAUGCAAAAUAUUUUGUAUUAGAAAUUGUAAAGGUAACACAUUGCUGUUGUUGUUUUUUGCUGCUGUGUCUCUUGUUCUCUCUUUCUACUCAGACUUUCUUUUAAUUUCAGGAAGGCUUUGCCUUUUUUAAAAUCAUCAGGCACUGUCAAAAGUAAUUUGUUCAGCCAUUUUUAAUAUUUAAAAAUCACUAGGAAUUUUAGCUUCAUCUUUUAAGGCUUGAAAUUAUGGUCUAGAGUAUGUGGGGGGGAGGAAUAUAACUUUUUUCCAAGUUACCAUAAAUAGGUAUCUCAUCACAUUGUGCUAGAUGGAUAAGUAUAUUUGUUAUAUGAUUAUGGACAGAGAGAAAUACUCCAUUAUGACUUAUUUUCAACUCAGAUAUGAAUCUAUAAAUCAGCCAUAAGAUUUACUGAGCUUGGAAUCAGCUCAUUGCAUUCUGCAAUGAUUGCUAGGGGCCUUAUGAAGCAUGAGAGAUAAAUGUAAAACCCUUUUGCCAUUGAUUUCAAUAAAUUGUCAACAGGAAUAGUUGAGUUUACAUCCUUAACAUUCAAAUGGAUAGGUUUGCAGUGAACUUCAAUUCCUCAACAGGCAACUCUUUCCAUAGAAUGCAACCUUAGGAAACUGAAGUUUUGCAUAGUGUCAGGCAAGAGAAAUAUGCUCUACUCUGUCAAAUGUGAUCUUCUCAAAGUUAUGUUGUGUGUUUUAGAAUGGUGUUUUUCGACCUCAGCAUCUUUAAAAUGUGUGGACUUCAACUCCCAGAAUUCCCUAUGUUGGAAUGCUGGGAGUUGAAAUCUACACAUCUUAAUGUUGCUGCUAUCGAAAAACUAUGUCUUAGAAGAUAAACACUGGUUUUAAAUCUUACCUGGGGAGACAAAACCUUUGGGAACCAUUUGGAGAGGAGAAAGCAGCUGCUAUGAGUAAGUGUUAGACACCUCUCCACUCCACCUCUCCAGUCUUAGGACUGCACAUUUUAAAAAUUUCAGGCUCAAGGUUACUUUAAAAGCACACCAAAAUAGAUUGGGGAUUGGGGGCCUUUAACUUUGUCUCCUGCUACUAUUCUAAUUUGGAUUGUAGUUUCUACUGUAGUUGCCAGCAACUGUAUUUAGUCUGAUGGAGAACAAACUCCCAUAUUCUUGUCCUUAGAUUUAGAUUCACUGAAAUAAUUCAGAUUUCAUCUUGCUUCGGCUAAUUUAAAUUCAGUUCCUUUAUUAGGCCUGCUUUAAUUAAGUCUGGCUCCAACACUCGGUUAAAUGUUUUUACACAUUUGGGCUAAUCAUGCAAGUAAUUUAUAGAACCAUUUCUUUCCAAUUCAUGUGCAUAGAAUGGAGAUGCCAGGUUUCCAAUAUUCAAAAUAAAUUUAAUGAAGCAUUUACCUUUGAAAGGCAAGCAUUUUAAAUAUAUGAGAGCUGAGAUCUUAUCUUGCUCAAUAUGGCUACUAAUUGAUGCUCCGUUAUAAUACCAGGUAUGCCUUCAUUAAUUGCUGUCCCAAGGCAUUCUUGCCACACUGCUUGCUCUUUACCUGGUGGCGAAAGAGAUGCUAGAAACCCACUUAGUUCUAGUACACAUAAAUAGUUUAAUAAACUGUGUAGAGGCUGAAAUCCACAAAAGCAGCUGAAAAUAGUUUUCAUCCAUUUAACCUCGGAGGGUUAAAUGAAGAGGUAACUGAAACCUGUUGAUACACUACAAUUUUUCAGAACUCAGAUUUUUAAAAAAAAUACACUGCCUUGGUUGAUUUAAAAACCCUCAUUGUGAUUAGAAGCAACAGAGGGCAGCAUGUUGAUAAUUCUCAGAAUUCAAAGAUGUGAACAAACCUACAUAAUCCGCCCUAAUCUUUUUCACAAUCAGAUCAAAAGAAAAGGCAGCUUUCCACAUGCAAUCAGAAGUUGCCAUGAUAUAUGGACUUCUUUCAGGGUAAAGAUGCAUCAGACACAGAGAAAACAAGAAAGUUACAAAGAAAAUGCUAGUGAUGGACACACUGAUGCCAACUCUUUCUCUAACUGCUUCUUGGUGUUGCACUGUCCUAGUCAGAACCAGGUCUUAGUGGGACAAGGGCUGCUUUAAGCUUGUGAAUUGAUAGCUGCCCAGGAAUAAGACAGUCAAUUGCUGGGGAUCAUUUCCUCUUAAUUCUGAUGGGAGAAUGUCAUCAGGAUGAAAAAGCCAUUGUAUGCUAUGCAGGACUUCCAUAUUAUGGUUCUGAGGCUGAACUGUGGCACUUUUAACCCACAACUAAACCUCAAACACAAUGGAACUUAUUAUUAAGCAAACACUCAUUGAAAACAUAGUUAGAAACUCAGAUGAUCUUCUUGAAAUCUGUUUCUUUAAACUUUUUUUCUAGAAAUGCAAUUAACUGACAGGAAGGAAUCCUACCCUUCCCUUUUCUAAGGGUCUCAUCCAUACUUAUAGUAGAGCAGCUUGCUAAAACAUUACCAAGCCAUGCUGUGAUACAGCAGUGAACGGGAAAAAAUGAUUUUACACUUCCUCCCCCACCCACCCAACAUAUAUAUUUUAAGGAGCAUUUUGUUGCAAGGCUGGGUCUUGAAAAAGCAAAUACUCUGACUGAAAGCAUUGUGAUUAAAAUAAUAAAUGCUAUGGAAAACAUUUCAGGAAAAAGCUAUAUUUUUAAAGAAUACAUGACUUUUUAAAAGUUUUUAUUUAGAAAUUAUAACUAAUUUUUUUAAUUAAAAAAUCACUAACACAAAUGCUACAAAGACAGGUGUUUAAAGGGCUAAGAAUGGACAAAUUCUCCAAAAGCCUAUACUAGCUUUAAUAAAGCAGCAUAGGUUUUCUACAGUUCUUACAGCUGCUUUGCCAUAUUCAUGAUAAUCCUUCCAUACUAAAACUGUUUAAAAGCAUGUGCCUAAAUUGUUUAUGUCAUUGGUGCAUUGACAGGUGUGAAGGGGACUUAAGGGGGAUGGGGAGCCUCUUUUUUAUGUAUUGAACCUAAAUGAUGACCUGCUUUGCUUAUUUAAUUUUAACUUCAAUAGCAGUGUGUUACUUUUGCAGGCUUUUACCCACAAAAAUGGGAUGACCCAUCCUUCAUUGUAUAUAGUCUUUGUCCUCCCUUUCUCUUUGCUGAAUGCUCACCUCCAGUUACCUCCGUCGUAUUCCGGGGACCUCUGUGUAAAGGGGUCCUGGGCAACAGCAGAGGGCUGGAGAUGGAGAUCCUGGAACGCCAUACUACUGUACUGUGGGUCAGCCCAGUAGUACUACUGUUUGGUUGUGAAAAGCUUUGAAAGAACUGAUGUGAUAACUGUGGUCAAUAGGAAAACCACAAAGCAAAGCAAAGCAAAGCAAAGCAAAGCCAUUCAAUGAAAUGAAAAAGGAGGGAGAGACUAAGAUCCAGAUUCAAAAACUGACAUUGUUGAAGGUUGUAAAUGGAUUCCUUGUGUAACCAUGACAAACUGGUAACUCAUGUGGAAAAUACAUUAAGAAAGAAAUGUGAAGUUACCGCUUGUAGAUAUGCUGAUAGUGUUAUUUACUCAUAUUUCUGGGAAUACUGCAUUUUUGUAUAUGUGAGCGUGGACAUGCGUGCUUGUAUAUGUAUCAUUCACAUUCAUAUAUAUAUACUGAAUGAACAGUUAAGGGAAUCCUUUUUAUUUGUUGCACUUGGAUUUUUCAUAAACACACACACAAACAUACACGCACACUUACAUACAGGGUGUACCAAAAGUGAAGCCCCAUAGACACUUUAUUAUAAAAUUUACAUGUUUGAAUUGGUUGUGAUUUUCUUCUAAACACUUCCUUAGUCAUUUAACACUUGUCAUUUGACCAUUCCUAAUUAUGGUAUAUGACCUUUUUCUCUGGAAAAAAUAUUAAUAAAGCGUAUUGUCUAUGCAUAAAGUAUAUUUGCUAUGGAGGCUGACUUUUGGAUAUGGGGAGACAGAGUCAUAAAGCGUUUUCCCAACUUUUCCUUUCUUUUCUCUCCCUCUCUCCCUCCCCCCUCCCCCCCUCUCUCUGUACAAGUGAGAUUUGUAUAUAGAUGUUUAUUGCAAGGCCUGUGGGACUCAAUGAAUAUAGAGGUAUCAACUGCUGCAUGUUCAGGCAUAUUAUUAAAAUUAUCCUAUGAAAGAAUAAUUAUGAUUAUGUCCAUGUGCAAUACUCUGUUUGUGUAUUGGUUCCAGUUACUGUCAAAGAUGAAUUCCCCUCUCUUUUUUUCGUUAUAGGACAGAUGUAAAUCUAUAUUAAGCUGUACUGAUUCUCCUGUAAAGUUCUCUUAAACUGUAUAUGGAAUGGUAGAGAGAGCAGGGAGAGGGGGAGAAGGGACCACUAUUGACCAAAGCACAUCUUUCAGACCCAUGCCCCAUCUCAUGUGAUCUCUGUGAGAAGAAAAUUGUGGCAGAAAGAGAAUGUAGAACCUCCUUGCUAUCAAAAGUGACCUUCCAUGCUAGUAGAUAGGAACAGCAUCUGAACUGGGUAUCCCUGGCCAGCUACAGGAGCCUGCUGUGGAGGCUCCUCUUAAAAAUACUUUGUCAGCAAUUUGAGCAAAGAUAGUCUGUCCUAUAAAAUGUCAUGCGGUAAAUCACAAAGAGCUAGACUGAACUACUUCAUAUGUGGAUAAAAUUGGUCAAAUUGUUGCAGACUGGUGCCUUUAGAUGAGUCCCGGGUUACCCACCAACCAAAGCAGGAUUGCCUCAGGGCAUACAAUUCAUAACAUAAAAACACUAUGCCCCAAUUUCCAGAAAAGGCAUCUGUCGUGGACUUUUUCCAUGUGGCCUGUAACUUUCCAUAAUGUCGCACAAAGCCACAUGGAACGAUUUCCAGGCCUCAAAGCAGCUUGAAAAGAUGGUGCAAGUCAUCUUUUUAAAGAGACGGGUUACAUCAGUUUUAUGUACGGCUGUUCAGAGCCACUUUUGGUGACAAAGACAUUUAAUUCCCUUAUGUUGUGUUUUUUUUUAAACUCAGGUGUAAUUAUUAUUAUUAUAUAUAAAUAUAUAUAUAUACAUAUAUGUAUGUAUUCAUAUGAGGAUUUCAGAAUAUUAAAUAUGCUACACAAAGUCAUGUGUUGUCUGGCUUACCAAAGUAAUAAAGUAUCAAACAUUGUUAAAUAAUUUAUUUUAUUUUUAAUAAAAACUAAGGGGCUGCGGGCAGGGGGAAGAAAUCCCAUCUCCUCACCCUCUGGCUUCUAGAGCGAAAGCACAGAAAUAUCACAAAGGAUGUAUCAUCUCAUUGUAUUUUCAUUUUAGAGGGAAAGAGUGUAAACAUGCCCUUUAGUUUUGGAGUUUCAUACCUGUUCUGUAUAUUUUUCUUAUGAAAUUAAGUUUGAACAUCCAGUGCAAGAAUGAACAAAGCCAAGCAGUGUUUUCCAUAGGUGAAUGAAAACUUUGGAAAUUCAAAAGGCCUCCCAAAACUGUUUGUAGGUUGGCUAAGCUGCAGAAUGAUUGUCCAGCGCAGUCUUGUUUGCAUGGCAUGCAAGGUCUUUAUACAAAAUGGAGAUUAGUGGUUCUUUAUAAGAGAAUAAAAUGUGCAUUCCACAAAGCUUCUGUAAGCAAAAUUGUGGAGUAUAUGACUCCCCUUUCCUGGAAUGCACAAUUUCUGACAAACAUUUAUGCCAGGGGUAGUCAACCUUUUUAUACCUACCGCCCAAUUUUGUAUCUCUGUUAGUAGUAAAAUUUUCUGAC